AUGCGGACAAUCUUCCUGUCGAUUGUAGCAUUCGUCUACCUGGUUGAUGCCAGAUUCCGGUGCAAAAACUUAGAGAAGAAAGAUGUUGACUGGUUUGUCGGCGAUAAAAUUGCCAGCGAAGUGUCGACGAAAGAAAAGGGCGAAAAAACCACAUUCAAAAUCGCUUAUAACGACGACGCUCCCGACAAGAAGGUAGACAGCGGGCGUGGUCACAGCAAAGGUGUUGCUGUUUUCACUAUUGACAGCGGAUUUUGGCUGGUGCACAGUGUGCCCAAUUUCCCUCCACAUGGAAAAUACGACUAUCCGGAAACGGUACGAAAUACGCACAAUCGUUUAUUGUGUCUCUCACUUGAUGCUAAUGCUCUUGUGGAUCUCAGCCACUACAUGAGAUAUUCCCAAGUGACGCCGUUCAUAAGUAACCUGCCAAAGAAUUUUGAAAUAAUAGCACCCUACCUCGUUGAUGUAGUGAACAGGAAAUCUCUUGGACGAGCAGACACGAGGUAUACUACCGCUCACGACUUCGAAACCCGUGGUCACAUGAGAGUUAAGGCAUUUGCAAAGCAUAAGAAAUUCGGACAAGAUCUAUGGCACGACUUCAUCGCUCUGUACCUCAAGAACUCCCAUGGCAGUUGA